CCCGCGCCGCCCGCCGCUCGCCAUGGCCGCCCGCGAGGAGCUCUACAGCAAAGUGGUGCCGCGGCGGAGCCGGCAGCAGCGCGCGGGCACCAUCAAGCACGGCUCCGCGCUCGACGUGCUGCUCUCCAUGGGCUUCCCCAAAGCCCGCGCGCAAAAGGCCCUGGCCUCCACAGGUGGAAGAAGUGUUCAAGCAGCAUGUGACUGGCUCUUCUCCCACGUGGGCGACCCUUUCCUGGAUGACAGCCUGCCUCGGGAGUACGUCCUUUACCUGCGCCCCACCGGGCCCUUGGCUCAGAAGCUCUCUGACUUCUGGCAACAGUCCAAACAGAUCUGCGGGAAGAACAAAGCUCAUAACAUCUUCCCACACAUCACCCUCUGCCAGUUCUUUAUGUGCGAAGACAGCAAGGUGGAUGCUCUCACUGAAGCCCUGCAGGCCACUGUGAUGCGAUGGAAAUGCAAAUUCCCUGCCCCUCUGCCUUUGGAGCUCUACACGUCCUCCAAUUUCAUCGGGCUUUUUGUCAAGGAAGAAAGUGCCGAGGUGCUCAAGAAGUUUGCUGCAGACUUUGCAGCAGAGGCUGCUUCUAAAGCAGAUGUCCACGUAGAGCCCCAUAAGAAGCAGCUGCACGUGACCCUCGCCUAUCACUUCCAAGCGAGCCACCUGCCCACGCUGGAGAAGCUGGCGCAGAACAUCGACGUGAAGCUCGGCUGCGACUGGCUGGCUGCGAUAUUCUCCCGAGAUAUCCGCUUUGUUAAUCACGAGACUCUGCAAGUGAUCUACCCGUACACCCCCCAGAACGAUGACGAACUCGAGCUGGUGCCAGGGGAUUUUAUUUUCAUGUCCCCAGUGGAACAAACCAGUACGAGCGAGGGCUGGAUUUACGGCAUUUCCCUUGCAACUGGCUGUUCUGGGCUGCUGCCCGAGAACUACAUCACCAAGGCGGACGAAUGUGGGACCUGGGUGUUUCAUGGCUCGUACUCAAUUCUGAACACUGCACUGUCCCCAUCCCUUCAAGCCUUCACUGAUGGAGCCUUGGAAAGACGUCAGCAGGAAGACCAAGGACCUGGUGAUGCAGGGCCACUCACCAUCAUCUGCCAGAACAUGCAGACCUUGAGGAUAGCCACUCAACCCGGCCCUCAGAAACGCUGCCUUUUUGUCUGCAGACACGGGGAGAGAAUGGAUGUGGUUUUUGGGAAGUACUGGUUGUCGCAGUGCUUUGAUGGCAAAGGAAGGUAUAUGCGCAGUAACCUGAACAUGCCUCACAGCUUACCUCAACGAAGCGGGGGUUUCAGGGAUUAUGAAAAAGAUGCCCCCAUCACUGUGCUGGGCUGUACGCAAGCAAGACUUGUUGGUGAAGCCUUGCUGGAGAGCAGCACCGUGGUAGACCACAUCUACAGCUCCCCGUCCCUGCGCUGCGUGCAGACCGCACACUAUAUCCUGAAAGGUAUGCAACAAGAGAACAACCUGAAAAUUCGCAUAGAGCCAGGCUUGUUUGAAUGGACCAAGUGGGUCUCUGGUAACACACUACCAGCCUGGAUACCCCCCGUGGAUUUAGCUGCAGCUACUCUAAGCGUUGAUACAACCUACAGACCUCAUAUUCCUGUCAGCAAGUUAGUGGUUUCAGAAUCUUAUGACACAUACAUAAGUAGGAGCUACCAAGUAACAAAAGAAAUCAUCAGUGAAUGUAAAGGCAAAGGGAACAACAUCCUGAUCGUGGCCCACGCGUCCUCCCUGGAGGCCUGUACCUGCCAGCUCCAAGGGCUCUCGCCACAGAACUCCAAGGACUUUGUGCAGAUGGUGCGAAAGAUUCCGUACCUGGGGUUCUGCUCGUGUGAAGAGCUGGGAGACACAGGUGUUUGGCAGCUUACGGACCCCCCCAUCCUCCCUCUCACACAUGGACCGACUGGAGGCUUUAACUGGAGAGAAACCUUACUGCAAGAGUAGGCAAAGCCCCGAGGCCAAGGCAAACCACGGCCUUGCUAAGCACUGGAGAACGGCUCUUCUUUCUCGUGUUCAUCGACAGUGGAAAAAAUAGUCACCGUAUGUUAAGUGGGUCAUACAAAAAAGCUGUUCUAGCAUAUCUCUCAAACAUAGUCAUGCAAAAGUUCUCAUAGGCACCUAGGCAAACACAGAAGAGCCUGAGUUGGGGGAAGAAGCAUUAGAAUACAGGUUAGAGCUCUUGCACUGCAGGGAACCUCCGUUCAGUCAGUAGCUCGGGUAGACUUUUCCACCUUGAAAGGAGCUCGAUAAGACCAGUAACUUUCACUGCCUUCUGCACCAUGUUAAUAACAACUAGCACUGUGUCAAAGUAGAGCAUCGAAUGAAUUUUUUUACUGCUAUUUUUUGCAGAGCAUUAACAGGCUUGUUCAGGUCUACGUGUUGACACCUUCCUCACAAGCACCCCCACAGUCUCAGCACCUUUCAUAGAGUGUAACGUCACUUGCUGGAAAAGGCGAGCUCAGCGUUCCUCUCUAGGUAGCAGCAGCCCGUUCUCCUCCUCGAUUUCAGCGCUGCAUUAGGUGCCCGCAUGACCACCCUGCUGAGCACACUGGGGAUGCUAGCAGCGAUGCCACUCUGCAUCGGGAGAGAAUUCGGAAUCUCACAUCACUUACAGACAAAGUCUGCACAUCAGAAGACACAAUAUCACUCAGAAGUGCCACAAAAAAAAAAAAUAAAUAAAUCUUGACACCCUAGGGAGCCUCAGUUCUUUACAGCUUUCCCUCUGCAGAAAGCGUUAGCAUCCUCGUUUGAAAGGAUUAUAUGGCACAGAAACUUCUAGUAGCCAGCGUUCACAAACGCUUGCUAUUCAUAGCCAAGGCCAAAUUUUAUUUGGGGUUAGUUUCUUUUAACCUCUCAAGCCUUUGGGCUCACUUUAUCCUCAGUAGAACAUAAGCCAGGUAAACAUUCAACAUUCAGAAAAAGCAAGCGGUGAUAAACUGCAGUCCCACGUUCUUCAGUAAGGUACCACGCUCAUCAGCUCCAGCCUAAGAGAUGUUGAAGGGUCUUAGCUCAGCUUUAUCUUACAGCUUGGCUUGGCUAAUGCCAGGCCAAGCCCAGCACAUGCUGCAUGUAYCUCGAGGCAGAAGAGCACUCCCCUGUGCAAUAGGUGUAGCAGUAUCCAUUAUUUAUACACUGAUGACUAUGUAAGAUGUAGUAGGCCAUUCAUAAGUGCAUUAUUAUAUUAGGGAUGUAUACUGAAGAGUCAGGGAGAUAACCUAAGAGACGACAGAAAAACUGCUCCUGUGCAGUGGUCCUGCUGUCAUUUCCACUUUGAGCUAUAAUUUAAACUAUUCUCAGCUGUGUACAGACACUCUGAGGAGCAUUUCUGGCCUGUUUUGCUCCAUGCUUCCUCACUGCAAGUUUGCAGAGUUCUUUAAAUAGAGGACAAUCACACCAAAACUAAUGGUUUUUGAUGAAUGCAGAAUUCCCUAGAUAGCUUACUGUAUCAUGUCACAAGCCAGCAAGAUGUAACUAGGCGUAGGAAACACUGCAUGUGGAACACAGGAGAGGCUGCUCAGGUCCCACUGCAGGUAAGGAGUUUUUGUAGGCAGAAGCAUGGAACUGAGAGGGAACAAAACCCAAAUGCACAUAAUUCAAAUACUGUACUAGCUGAUCUUUGCAUAUAAUAUGCGUUAGAGAGAAAAAAAAGUGUUUUCUUUGAGAAGGUAGAGAUGUUAGAAUACUCUCUUCAUUAAAAAAAAAAAGUAUAUUUUUGGAUGUUUGGGAAAGUAUUUUGACAAUUGUCUUUUCUCAUAUUAGAUUUUUCAGGUAUCUAGAAUCUCAGAAAGAAAAUCUUAUUUUCUUUGAGUAUUUUGAUUUCCCUUGGGGGUUUUGUGUUAAGUAAUCUCAUGCUCAUGAGGCUCAUAGAGAAAAAAAGGAAAAAGAUGUUCCUUUGAAGUUUUCAAUGUGAAUGUUAAAAACACAAAGGGAUUGCUGCUCCCCUUUUAUUCCACUGAUGCUCAUUAACGUAUAUUUAGCAUAGCUUCAGAGAUCAUUAGACUUGAUCUAUCUAAAAUGAGUCAAAGUCUGUUCCUUAUCUUCACUGUGAGCUGCAUCAUAUCCCAACAGUCUCAUUACCCUGCGUAAGCCAGGUACCACAGUACCGUACGGAAGCCAAACUACAGGAAAACACUUCCUAUUUUCCCCCCCUCUCUUUCCAA